AUGGCUUUGUAUCCCACAAGGAGUUCGUCAAAUUCGAUCUUUCUUCAAUUGGAAGAUACUCAUGAUGUGGAUUAAUGGUAACCAAGCUGGAUUUGGAACUGUAAGAUCUCCAAGAUCAGCUAAAUCCAUUGAUGAAUUUGCCGACACCAUUAACACACCUUGCUCUUCUCCAAAGAAAACUUCCAGUUUCCCAUUUUCCACUUCUCUUAACCUACCAGAGAGUGGAUAA